GUCAAACCCUCGUCCCGGCGCGGUGGAGGAGCCGAGGAGGGGAGGGCGUUGAGGGAGGAGGCGGAGGAGGGCGGCAGGUGGAGUUGGAGGAGGAGAGCCCGCCGGCUGGGACCAUGGAGAGGGCUCUGAGCUUGCCUUCAGACGAGGACUUGUUCCACAAGAGUCUCAGUGCCUCGGCCAAGAGGAUGGAGUCUGCCUUUCGCUCGCCCCCGGGGCUCGACCUGGCCGCCCACCAGCCUCAGCCGCGCGAGCCGCGGCCAGCGCCGCCGUCUCCCCUGAGCUGCUACGAGACGGCCGACUCCGAGGUGCUGCUGAGGGACAGCGCGGCCGGGGCGCUGGUGACGGGGGACCCUCUGGGCGGCUCGGUGUGCGUCAAGUACGGGCAGAGCACGACGAGCCGCAGCUCGGUGGCCGACAACCACCACGGGGGCGGCGGCGGCGGCGGCAAGAAGUCCAAGGAGCAGAAGGCGCUGCGCCUCAACAUCAACGCCCGCGAGCGGCGGCGCAUGCACGACCUGAACGACGCGCUGGACGAGCUGAGGGCCGUCAUCCCUUACGCGCACAGCCCCUCGGUGCGGAAGCUCUCCAAGAUCGCCACGCUGCUCCUGGCCAAGAACUACAUCCUCAUGCAGGCGCAGGCCCUCGACGAGAUGCGCCGCCUCGUCGCCUAUCUCAACCAGGGCCAGGCCAUCUCGGCCGCCUCAUUGCCCAGCUCGGCGGCGGCCGCGGCAGCCGCGGCCGCUGCCUUGCACCCAGCGCUCGGGGCCUACGAGCAGGCGGCGGCCGGCUACCCUUUCAGCGCCGGCCUGCCUGCCGCCACCUCGUGCCCGGAGAAAUGUGCCAUUUUCAACAGCGUCUCCUCCAGUCUCUGCAAACAGUGCACGGAGAAGCCUUAAGAGAGAGAGAGAGAGAGAGAGAAUGAGAGAGCGAGAGAGAGACGAACUCCAGCCAGGUGACCCUCCGUCGCUCCUUGCUUCCUUGGGCAGGACUUCUGCCGCAGCCGCCUUUGGAGGGAGCAUGAUCGUGGUGGAGCCGAAGGAGGACUUAAGCGCAACUGAGACCUCAGCGAAGUUUAGACACACACACAAUCGCAAUGGGGUGGGGUGGGGUGUAUGUAUUGGGGUGAGUGUGGACGAAGAAUACUAGCAGAUCAGGAGGAGGGAAAUCCUCUCUUCCCUACAUGGUUUAUUUAAAACUUCCAACUAGUAUUGAGAACUUUUGCUAUAGAGGCAACCAAGGACUGAGAAGGGGGCGUUGGUUGGUCUUGGACCAGAGGUAGAACUGAUGGAAGCAAGUUGGAUUGUAAACUCAGACAAAUCAAAAAGGGCACUUAAAAAGUUUUUUUAAAAAAUAUGUUUAAUAUGUUUUCUUUUAUUUUACUUUAUUGCUUCUGAGCCAAGAAACAAGCAAACUUGAAAUGUAGACUUUUUGAGGCUAGACAUGCGCAAUAUGCUCUCGAAAUGCGUUUAUUUUUUAUUUUUGCUGAACUGCUGAGCCUGUGAAAAUGCCCAAAGUUUUUUUUGGGGGGGGAGGGGAGUGAGUUUUAAACGAAGUGACAAACUCCUUCCUUCUGUGGCUGAAGGUUUAUUUUUUAAUAAUGUGCACCUUGUUUCUUUUCACUUUGACAUGCUGUGUACAAGAAAAGACAUAUUUAUUUCAGUGGCCCUUUCAUACCAGUACUAUUCAUCCUGUGUUGAGGUCAUGAGUCUUAUGUGAUUUUUUUUAAUGCUUCUUAAAAUUCCCAGUAACUUAAACUUUGUGCCAAGUGUUUAAAACAUUGAUUUGCCAAGGACAUUUGAACCAGAAAUCUUGAUGUAUCGGACUUGUUGAGGCUUAUUAAAGGCAUCUGGAUUUUAAGUUGCAUCAUCCUUGUAUUUAUAAAUUGAGCUUUAAUAAAUUGCUUCAGUCCAAAAAUGAAAGGAGAGGUGUAUUCUUAAUUGCUCAAUGAACUGGACUGUUGGUAUGACUAGCAACACUCUGCAGCAUGAGGGGAUUUCUGUUUCUAGUUAUUUACUGUGACAAGGUGGCAUAAGGUAAUUGGUUCUUUUCAAGAAGUUGGAAAAUAAGAUUCUCUCCCCCCCCCCCGUACUGUUUAGUAUGCGAACAGUAGAGAACAAGACUGGCUGUUGACUGUUGAUUAUUAAUGAUAUUUCAAUCAAGCUGGUCGGUUUAGCCCUAAUUUUGUAUGCAAUUCCACCAGAUAAUGACCCACAAAGCAAAAGAAUAAAAAAAAUAGUUGUUUCCCUCAAAAGUAAAUUUCAAAUUGAGUCAUUAUGGAUUUCUUAAAUGGACUGCAACACAUUUAAGUCAGACUACUGGGGUUUUAAGCUGUUUAAUGCUGGCACACAACAACCCAGUUAUAUCAGAGUUACUUUUAUCCCUUUACGCUAUAAUCCUAACCACAAUUCUUUAGAAGUAAAUCUCACUGAUUCCAAGAGAAUUUGCUUCUGGCUAAGUAUGCUUAGCAUUCCAGGAUUAAAAAUGUUUGAAUCUGUUUCAGCAGAAGACUGGCUGGGGCCACCAAGUCUCUGCAGAGACUGACAGCACCGUCCUACCAGGAAGUAAGUCCCACUGAGUUCAGUGGGCCUUACUCCAAGGUAAGUGGGCAUAGGAUUGAUGUCUAAACAAAGAGUCUCAAAGUAAAGUCCAUUUAAGCUUUGGACUUCUGAAUGAAAAGCAUGUUUUAUUAUCUGGGCCUGAAAUGUCCUAGCAUUGAAUUCAACUGGUUUGUGGAUAGUACUAUUAGUGGAGCUUGAGUCACCUUAUGUCUGAAUACUUUGGAAGAACUGGAUUGUGUAUAGUGAUGCCACUCAAGUGGAAGUCCCCCAAACCUUUAUGCCUCUUCCCCC